AUGGUUGAAGGACAAAUGGAAGAAAGUGGAAAGAAAGAAGCAGCUUCCUUAAAUAGCUCGGGUAGGCACGACGUGGACAAUUUAGAAUCCUUGAGCGAUUCCCUGUACGACAGCUUCUCCUCCUGCGCCAGCCAAGGCUCCAACGACCAAAAACUCCUGUCUGUUCCAGGUUUGGGUUUGCAAAUACAGUGCUACCAGUGUGAGGAGUUCCAGCUAAACAAUGACUGCUCUGCUCCAGAGUUUAUCGUGAAUUGUACAGUGAACGUUCAGGAUAUGUGUCAGAAAGAAGUGAUGGAAAAAAGUGUUGGAAUCAUGUACCGCAAAUCCUGCGCAUCUUCAGCAGCCUGUCUGAUUGCCUCUGCUGGGUACCAGUCCUUCUGUUCUCCAGGGAAGGUGAACUCUGUUUGUAUCAGCUGCUGCAACACGCCGCUCUGCAAUGGACCCCGGCCAAAAAAGAGGGGGAAUUCUGGUGUGGUGCUCAGGCCACACGUGAUAACCACCAUUCUGCUCCUUAAAUUGGUUCUUUUGGGUUUGUAUUGCUAA